AUGUCUGUCAAUCGGGUACUUUGUUUGGGUGGUAUUUUGGCUGGCUGGGUGACUUUAGGUACCUGUGGGGUUGCGCCGCCUACUUAUGAUGUUGUAAUUGUUGGUGGAGGUGCAACAGGCACAUAUGCUGCUGUUCGUCUACGAGAAGACUUCAAAAAGAGCGUUCUCGUUGUCGAGAAGAGCACUGUUCUGGGUGGUCACGUUGAUACUUACAUCGAUCCUAUCACUCAAUUUCCAAUUGACUAUGGAGUUCAAGCCUACCACAAUUAUUCCACCGUCACCAAUUUCUUCGGUCGCUUCGGAAUUCCACUCGAAACAGCAAUACAACCACCUGUAGACACCCGCUACAUCGAUCUUCGUACCGGAAAGCCCUCAGCGUUCGUCCCUCAAGAUCCAACAGCAGCACUAGGUGCAUUUGCUGCUCAGGCCUACCAAUACCCCUAUCUCGUAGACGGUUACUCACUCCCUGACCCCGUCCCAGCCGAUCUCCUCCUCCCCUUCGGCGACUUCGUCAAGAAAUACAACCUCGCCGCCGCCAUUCCUACAUUUUUAAGAUUUGGCAGCAACUUAGGAAACAUGAACACCGCAACCACACUCUACGUGCUCAUGAACUUCGGCAUCCCUCAAUUAGCAAACGAUUACCUUAUCACCUCCCGCCACGAUAACAGUGAACUCUACCGCGCAGCCGCUAAACUUCUCGGAAAAGACGUGCUAUACAGCAGUACAGUAAAGGACGCGGAAUGCACUGCCCGCGGAACACACGUGCUCAAGAUCAAAACGAAAGACGGAACUCAAACGGUAUAUGCUAAGAAGUUGCUCAUCACCAUUCCACCCACAAAAGACAAUAUGAAUCCCUUCAAUCCCACAGACGCAGAAGCGAAAUUGUAUGAAAAGUUCAAGUAUGGAACAUACUGGACAGGUCUCGUACGCGGUGGCAUCCCAGACGGAAUCAGCGUUCAGAACUCGGCGAACGGAUCACCCUAUUACCUACCAGGUAGUCCUUACGUCGAAAAUUUCGACUUCACGGGAGUCCCGGGCUUACAUUCAUUCCACGCCGUUUCCACAGAUGGAUUCCCAUUGAAUACAGAAGUCGGUGCCACAGUCUUCACAACCGCUCAACUUGUAUCCAUGACGUUGGCGAAGACGUUCAAUGUGCAAGGAGUGCCAAAGGUGGAGGUGAUUAAAGAUCACACGCCUAUCCAGUUACGUGUUGGUUCUGAUGUGGUGAAGGGCGGGUUUUAUAGGAAGUUGUAUGCGUUGCAGGGACAGAAGAAUACAUUUUUUACCGGGGCGGCGUGGGCGCCUGAUGAUACUGGGUUGUUGUGGAAUUUCACGGAGGGGAUUUUGGCGAAGCUUGUGGCGUCUUUUUGA